GCAGGUCAGUCUGCGAGUGAAUGGCAGUGAGUGAGGUGUGAUUCACGUCUUUGUAAGAACUAAAUUCUAAUUAAAAUGUGUUCCUUGUUCAUUCUGUAUUACUGACGUGGAUGAAAGUGAUAUAGAAAUAACUGGUGUUUAUUAUAAUUGAUGUUCGUUUUAAAACUCGAAAACGUUCAAUAACGUGUGAAUGGUUAUGAAGUGAUUGUUAACAGAAUAACGGUACUAGAUAUGGAAUUCGAAUUGAAACAAAACUAGCAUUUCGUAGAAACGAAAUUACAGUUCAGUUAAUUCUCAUAUUUUACAGUAAUUAUAAAAAUAAAAACCUGGGAGAGCGUGUGUGUGAAUAUAUGAGAAAGUAAAAUGCGCGUGAAAGUGUGACGGUGACAAAAAAAAUACAUUUAAUAAAUACAAAGUUAAAACAUAAAUAGUAGGAAAAUCAGACUAUUGUCCUGCAGCUAGCGACGGAGAGAUUAAAUAUAUAUAUAUGUGCAUAUAGUCAGAGAGUAUAAAAAUGGCGUCUCCCCGAGGGGAACCCGAUUCUACGCCGAUCUGCCGGUGCCGUGUCUUGUAUCUUGGUUCUGCCGUGCCCCACGUGACCAAAGAUGGCCUCCAAGGUAUUCAAGAACCUCUCCGUGAACUGUACCCCGAGCAAGGAGCCCUCGGCGCUAGAGGAAUCGACUCCUGGCUUAGUGUAUGGAGUAACGGCUUACUGCUUGAGAAUGUCGACGAGAAUCACAAGAAAGUAACACGAUUCUUUCCAAUAGACAGUCUGCACUACUGCGCAGCCGUCAGGUAUGUCUUGGUGCCUGAGAAAACAACGUCGGGUACCUCCCAGCCCGCAACCCCAAGAUUCCUUCCACUGGAUUCGCCCUUCGCUCGAAGCCCCAACCCAAGCCACCCACCAUUAUUUGCAGCUAUCUUGCGCCGGACAACGGGUAUCAAGGUUUUGGAAUGUCACGCCUUUAUCUGCAAACGGGAAAUGGCUGCAAACGCGCUCGUGAGAUGCUGUUUCCAUGCUUAUGCUGAUUCAUCAUAUGCCCGUCAUAUUGAUGGGGGCAGCACCAGUGUUUAUGGCACCCUUAGGAGCCACAAUGCAGAGUCACAGCCAAUAAUGGCUACGAGCAGUAUUGAAAAAGUAGAGGGUUGGCGUCGGAUGUCGCCGUCGGGAGGAGCUGCUACAAGCGGAAGCACCUUGACGCUAAACAGUCAAAUUCAGCCAGGGCCAUCAACACAGAACCAAAAUGGAACCCUCACAUCAAACGCGACGACGACGAUGUCAGCUGGAGACGACAUAUCGAUAUACAACGGAGACGAAAACCACAAGGUGUGGGCCGGGUCGAGCACUGGCCCAGUGGCGGACCGGGAAGAAAUUUAUGGUAACUACAGUGGCAGCACCAUGAGAAGUGCCCGUUCAGGCCGACCGAGGCAGAUGGUCACCCCUGUGACAUCUCCACCUCCACCCCCGCCUACAAAAGAAGACGGUAAAAGCAAGAAAGCAAAUAAAGAACGCGCAAGAAGGAAGAAAAUGAUGGGCGGAAGUAGAGAGGAGUUGUACCCUUUAAUGAAUGGCUCUUUGGUUAGAGGCGCUGCUGCACAUCCCAUAGUCAAUGGAGGAGGUAUGAGGUCUUCCAGUUCUUUAAGCGGCACACUAAUUAAAGGAGGCACAAUGCCAUAUCAGCAUCACUACUCAAACGGCUCCAUGCUGAGACCAUCGUCAGCUCAGCCCAUUCCGAUGAACGGUUACCACCCGCAUCCGGGUCCGAUUCUGGUAGUCCAACACCCAACUACCACUCUGCCACACCCUCGACACAUGAAGAAGUCGGCCUCCACUUUCUCACAUCGUCCAGUCAAGCCCGGCAUCAUAAUCCCUGGACGAUCCAUAAUCCAAGCACCUCUUUUACCUGCAGGGCCUCACCAAGGGCCUGUAAUGCCAAUAAUGGCAGCGAUUCCUCCAGCGGCCGGCAAGAAAUCGAAACACCACCAUCACCCUCCAGUUGCUAUAGAGGAGCCCAUCUACAUGCCGUCCGCACGACCGCUAAGCCCAAUCGCGUCAUUCCAACCCGCGCAUUUCCCCCACGAGGCGUAUCUCAUGCAACAGUACGCUAACACAACUAUGGAUACGAAACAGAAGAAGAAAUCGGGCAAGCGUGAUGGUAAAUCGAGCAGUAAAAAGGUCGGGCCUCUUGUGAAUGGUGACAGCGAUGAUUCUUCACCCCCGCCGCCAAUAAUAGUGGUUGAAGAAUCGCCCUUCAACACCGGAAUAUACAGGAAAAAAGGGCACCUUAACGAAAGGGCGUUCUCAUAUUCGAUUCGUCAAGAACACAGAUCGAGAUCAUAUGGAUCACUGGCGAAUCUGAAGUUUGCAACACCGAUACCGAACGGUGGAGGACCACCGGAGACUGUCAACAAAGUAGAUCUGAAGAAGGAACGUGAAAUUAUGCAGAUGAUGCACGAUUUGGAGUUAUCUGGGGACGAGGUGGAGCGGUCAGAAGUGCCUGCGGCUGUAUAUGAAAGCAGGAGAGCUGCAGCAAUGGCGUCAACACCUGGACCCCGUCGGUAGACGGCGCCACGGAUCAGGUUGGCUGUGCGUCUGUGGUCGGUUGGCUGAGUCAUUCAAGAGAACUAUAACUUAAGCUCUGAAAGAAGAAUAACGGUGACCUGCAGUCGGUAGGUUGGCAACCCGUCAUCCUCCACUGAACAAGCUAGGGGACAGACAAUCCGUUGGAGGACACAGACUUCAACAAAACUCGAGCGGAAGAAAACAUCAGAAGCUGGGUGGGACACGCCGCCACAUCGAGACUGCGACGAGGGAAUAAGAAUCAAAUUCAAAAGCCGUUUAUAAUAACUUCGGUUCAUGAGGCUCCAGAUUCAAAAUUGCUAUACUCAUGUCCUUGGUUCAUUUAUUAGCGCUGUUUCAACAGACCUAAAAGAGGUGUAAGGAUUAUCAUAAAUCUGAAAGGAAAUGGCAGUGGCCAUUUUUUCCUUGGACAUAAUGAGAAAAUGCACAAACACUCUUGAUUACGAAAGUCUGUUUUCCGGUUAUGAUUCGAACAAGAUACGUCCUACAUAAAAUACGCGAAACAACUAGCGACGUUACUUUGGAUAGAUGACACUGGAGACAUUUCUCUCCCGUAGAACCCGUAACUACCGAUUAGAUAAAAGUUUAAUCAUGAAAACUGAAUGAACUAUUAAAACAGUGUUAAACUCAAAUUUUAAACCAGCCCUGCACUUUUAAAAAAAAGUUUUAUUAAAUGUGUUUAAAAAUGGGAAUAACAAAAAUUUAAUAAACAAAUCCGACGUCAGUCUUUCUCUAAAAGGCUUGUAUAAGUGUUCGUACAAUUUUAAUGGCCGCAGAAUUUUACUUUCGAUAAUCCAGACUUGUCGGCGUCAUAGGCAACGAUUCUAAAACAGACAUUUCAACAAGUGUGGUGCACAGACAGAUGUGGAAUUUCAUAGUCGAAGUAUUGUUGAAUCCUUCGGUAUUACGUCUCUGCAGCCCUUGGGUUCAUGCAGGCGGCUAAAGAACACUUUUUAUGUAAAUAAGUUAAUUCAGUCUACCAACGAGAGAUUCGAGUUUUCUGGUUUGCACAUAAAGACUCUUGUGUCAGUAUGUAAACAUCUGAAUUAAUGCAAAUUUUGUUAAAGGCAUAUUUAACAUUUUUAGUGUAAAGAUAUAAUGAAGUUACAGAUAAUAUACUAUUAAGAAAAAAGUCGUAGUAGUUAUACUUCGUUUGAAACAACCAUGGAGUCGACUUUAACACAUGCAGGCCAGUUAGCAACAAAUUGCUUGCCCCUAUUGGCAGCAAAUCAUGGGGGCUCCUGCUACCGUGUUGAUGUCAUGUGCAACAUGCAGUCAGGAAAUCGUUAAAUUUAACUGAAGUGAAUUUAAGUAAAUAAAUGUCACUGGGAUAGUCACUGGUGGUUAAAUAUGAAAAAUCCUCGCAAAUCCUUUGUUAUAACUGUUGGCUCAUUAUAAACUAUGUUUUCCUCCUGUGCUUGUAUUCACUCCACAGACAACACGAACGAAGUACAGCUAUGUGCGUAUCUAACAAUGUAACUAUGGUACUACAAUAACCACAAUUAUUGCUAAAUGUCAUUAUUUAAACAGUGUACAUUUUAAGGCAUAACAUGAAGACUGCUGUGCUGAUUAUCUUUAAAGUUUUGUGCUUAUAGUAAGUAUAGAAUGUUACAGCAGAAACUCUUCUGGUGUGUAAUCAUUCUGUUAAGACUACGUAAUCACGAUGUAAUUUUAGCUGCAUUACAAACAUGUAGGUUAUCACUAUCUCAGUGCUAAGGCUCUUCACUACAUAAAAAUGUAAUAUGUAUUUUGGAUAUUGCUCAAGUAUAUGACAUCGUUCAUAACAACAUGGAGUUGUAUAUUUGGAUGUUGAUGAAGUUAUUAAUAGAUUAUUAACUUUCGUGUGGUUUAGUUCUGCCCUAAACUCAACUUAUUAGUUGCAAUACAGAAUAAAAACAUAUAACCAAUGAAGUGCCAUUUGUCAAAUAAAAUUCAGAGUUUGUAUAAUAGGGCAGAUCACAAGUCAGAGAAUUAGUUAAUAAAUGUACAUAAGUAUAUUAUUUUUGUAAAGAAUUUAGUUUUACAUAUAAUUAAUUUUUAAAAUACUCUGUGCUACUUAAUAUGCAUUUAACGACUAUUUACAGCAAUAAUUUCCAUUCAUGAGAAACGAUUUUAAAUCAAUGCUAUACGUGAAAUAGUCAAAGCAUUUGUUAUAUCCGAAGAAAGCAGUAUAAUACUGAGUAAUUAUAUGUUUCAGAGAUAUAAUAAAUGUAUUCACUUAUUAAAUAUCACAAUUUUGAACUAGUGCAGUUACUUAUAGUUAAACCACAAAUUUUUAUAGUAUUUUAAACUUAACUCGGGUAUAAGCAGAUGAAGUCAACGGAUGGUGUAUCGAGACUUUACUGCACAAAUUACGACAUACUGUCACGAAAAGAAAAUAGGAAAUUACUUUAAAUAUGUAAAAAUCAGUACUAAUCAUAAAAUUCUGUAAUUAAUAUAAUAUACAAUAUGCGACUGCAUUUUACUGUUAUGACUCAUGUUCAUUAUGUUAAAUAAUUAGCAGCUAUUAUAAAAGAAGAUAGCAGCAUGUUUGGGGAAAUAUGUAUUUUUGUGUUAUGUGCAUUUUACAGAGAAGAGAACGAAUGGACAUGUGUAAAUAUGCUAAAUAAAUACCGAUUAUCAUUAAA